CGCCGCCGCCUCCGCUCGCCGCUCGGGCGAAGGCUGCUCCCGGGGCGGGAUCCCGCUGCCUGCUCCGGCUCGGCGCGGAGGGGCCGCCGGCGUGAGUGCGAGAUUGUCGGCCGGCGCCGGGCGCUGCCCGCUCCCUAGCCCCGCGCGCGAGCGAGCUCGUGGGGGGGCCGGCGCCGGAGUCGCGCCCCGCGCCCCACGACCCACGCCCCUCGCCCGCUCCGUCCCCGGCUCGCGGCGGGCCGGCGGCGCCCGGGAACCAGGGCUGAAAACAGAGUUAAAUCACUUUUUACAGUUAAAGAACUGUUAAGAAGACAACAUGGGGACUCCUGGUUCUGGAAGAAAAAGGACCCCUGUGAAAGAUCGAUUUUCUGCAGAGGAUGAAGCAUUGAGUAACAUAGCGAGAGAGGCAGAGGCCAGGCUGGCAGCAAAACGGGCUGCCCGGGCAGAAGCAAGAGAUAUACGCAUGAGAGAACUGGAACGACAACAAAAAGAGCACUCUCAUCAUUCCUUUGACCGGAAAUGGGGACAGAUUCACAAAUGGCUGGAAGAUUCCGAAAGGGCCAGGUUUUCUCAUCGAUCUGGUCAUCGUCGUUCUUACCUGGGAGUUGAGGAUGCAUUGAACAUUCGAAGCCUUGGCAGUCACAGGACUCCAUCAAAGGACAUAACUGGGACACAUUGGAGCAGAGCCUGUAUACCCAAAAGGAAAGACAGCAUGUAUGAUGCUCUCAAGGAUAGAUCUUCAAGACUUUCAUCAUUAAAUUAUUCUAAUAGCUACUCUCCUGGAAUGAAGAAGAGAUCUUCUGGUUCUCAUAAGGAUCCACUGAGUGGACUCUACUUUGACCAGAGAAACUAUAGCAGUCUUAGACAUAGCAAACCCACCUCUGCCUACUACACUCGGCAGCCCUCUUCCUUGUGCAGCGACCCUCUGGCGACAUAUAAGAUGAACAGGGCAUCAUUGUAUGAUGGUGGAUUGUAUAGCCCUUAUGGUUCUCGAACUCCAUCUGAAUACAGUUACCACUCAUCAAGAGCAAGUUCAUCCCGAAGCAGUCCUGUGUUCACCAGUGAUGAUACUUCGAGCAUUGCAUCUUCUGGUCGUGCCAGUCAUGGGCGAAGGGAGAGUGUGGUGUCUGCGGCCGAUUAUUUCAGCCGCUCACAUCGCCGGGGAAGCACAGUCUCCGAGCUGGAUGAUGCCAGUGUCCCCGACCUGACCUGUUUGGAUGAAAAAUCUGAUAAACAGUAUGCCGAAAAUUAUACAAGGCCCUCAUCUCGAAAUUCUGCCUCAGCAACGACCCCUCUAAGUGGAAACUCAUCCAGACGGGGAAGUGGGGACACCAGCAGUUUAAUAGAUCCAGAUACUUCAUUAAGUGAAUUGCGGGAUAUCUAUGAACUUAAGGACCAGAUACAGGAUGUAGAAGGGAGAUACAUGCAGGGACUGAAAGAACUGAAGGAGUCUUUAUUUGAAGUUGAAGAAAAGUACAAGAAAGCCAUGGUUUCCAAUGCACAGUUAGACAACGAGAAGAACAAUUUGAUCUACCAGGUAGAUACCCUCAAGGAUGUGAUUGAAGAGCAGGAGGAGCAGAUGGCAGAAUAUUAUAGAGAAAAUGAAGAAAAAUCAAAGGAAUUAGAAAGGCAGAAACAUAUGUGUAGUGUGCUUCAGCACAAGAUGGAUGAACUUAAAGAAGGUCUUCGACAAAGAGAUGAGCUCAUUGAGGAAAAUCAGCGCAUGCAGCAAAAAGUAGACAACAUGACAAAAGAGGUGUUUGAUCUCCAGGAGACACUUCUUUGGAAAGAUAAAAUCAUUAGGGCCCUAGAGAAGCAGAAGGAAUACAUUGCCUGCCUUAGGGAGGAGCGAGACUCGCUCCGAGAGGAGCUGGCUGACCUGAAGGGGACAGCGAGCACAGGAGAGAAACAUGGCUUAGUUAUAAUCCCUGAUGGCACGCCCAAUGGUGACAUCAGUCACGAACCAGUGGUUGGAGCCAUCACUGUGGUGUCUCAGGAAGCGGCUCAGGUCUUGGAGUCAGCCGGAGAAGGGCCUCUUGAUGUAAGGCUACGAAAACUUGCUGGAGAAAAGGAAGAGCUGCUAUCACAGGUGAGAAAGCUGAAGCUGCAGCUAGAGGAAGAACGACAGAAGGGCGCCAGGAGCGACGGUGCGGUGGGCGACCUGGCGGGGCUGCAGAAUGGCUCGGACCUGCAGUUCAUCGAAAUGCAGAGGGAUGCCAACAGACAAAUUAGUGAGUACAAGUUCAAGCUUUCAAAAGCAGAACAGGAUAUCACCACAUUGGAGCAAAGUAUUAGCCGGCUCGAGGGACAGGCGCUGAGAUACAAAACUGCUGCAGAGAAUGCUGAGAAAAUAGAAGAUGAGUUGAAAGCAGAGAAAAGGAAGUUGCAACGAGAGUUACGAACAGCACUGGACAAGAUCGAGGAGAUGGAGAUGACCAAUAGCCACCUGGCCAAGAGGCUGGAGAAGAUGAAGGCCAACAGGACAGCGCUGCUAACCCAGCAGUAGGGACCAUCCACCUGCCUGGGUCCUGCCCUGAGGGACUGACUUUGUCCAUUGACACAAAACCCUUUCAGUACUGUUUGCGUUUUGUCAGUAAAAAUAGCCACCUUUGUAUUUUAUAAUUUAUGAGAGAAUGAAAGAGGUUUGAUUCUUCAUGAAUGAAUACUUUGGAUUUUGUUUGUAUGAUUUUAGACUUAAAACUGGUCCCUGGUCUUUUUUUUUUUUUAAUUUCCAUCAUUUUAGAAUCAAGUUAAUUCACCAGUUUGCCCCCACCUGCCUAUGCCUGGCAUCCUGAGGUGUGGGCUCAGGUUCCAGCGUCGAGCGUUCUGAGAUGCGGGCAGGAGACCUCCGAAAACACAAGUGCCUUCUCCACCAUGGGAUCCAGACCUCAGUGAUGUCCAGUGGUCAAAAGACAUUUACCCUUCACGUUAGAGAGUGUUUCUAUUUUAGUAAAAAAAGUUUCUCAGGAGGAGAAUCUGUUCCACUCAAAUUUCUACGUUUGGAGGGAAAAAACCUCUUUUUUUUGUAAGAUAUUUAAAUUUAUAUAAGAAAACAUUAGAAAAAAGAAAUGGGAAGUGUAUAUAAGACUUGCUUUAUUGCAUGGGGCAGGCGACAGUAUGGCCCCAUCAUCUUCAAGAGCAGGAGCCUCAGUCUUCAGCACCGACCGUGCUGAACCUGGUCAAGUAUUCACCUAUUGCUGACUUGUGGAUUGACACCUCAGACAAGCCCGUGGGGCAGGGAGGGCUGGGGCGGGCGGGCAGCAGGUGUGAAGACUGCCUGAAGAUUCUAUUAAACGGACACUUUGCUGACCACAACUGGCUGCUGAAAUAUUUUGUUAAAGGAGCCUUCACAACAACUCACGGCAACCUUGCCCCUUCGAUCUUGCCCCUCUCCUUUGGGAAAAAACAAGCUGGAAUCUAGCACUUUUUCUUUUAAGAACUUCAGUAUCUUCUUUAAAAGUAACCCAGGCCAUGAAUUUUUAGCACAAGUGGGUCCACUUUACAGGAUCUGUGGUUCUGUUUUGCUUCUACAACCUGUGUUUUUAUGGAAAUGAGUAUUGUAUUUUCAGUAUGUUUACAUAGAAAAAAUACUGGGUUAAGUUUUAAUGAAUCAAGGCCCGCAUAAUAAGAUUAGACUUGAAAGUAGAUAAUAAAGUUUAACU